CGAAUUUGCACGAGUCAAUCGAUUAAUCAAUUAGUCAGUCAGUCACUCAGUUCAUCCAUUUUCGUGUUGUUGGUUGAUAAUUAUCGCUACGCUCAUUUUUUUUUUUGGUUUUUAAAGUCGUGACAAACGGAAAGUAUAAAUUGACAGUUUUUAAGAUAUUUUAUAUAUUUUCCGAUUGUUUUACGGGAAAAGAAAGACAGAGAGAGAGAGAGAGAGAGAAAGAAAGAAAGAAAAAAAAAAGAAUUCUUUAAAAAAUUAAUAAGUUAUUCGAGAAUAACACCGCCGGAGACCAUGUCGGAGAAGUUGAAUGUAUGCGUCGUAGGAAGUGGUAAUUGUCUGUAUUUGAAACAUUAAGAGUUGAGAAUCACUGGUGUAGGUAAAAUUCUACGGUUGAAGGACGCAUUAAACGAUACGAUGUAUCGUUUCAACGCACGGACAUAGCACAUUGCACUGUGUCUCUUGACGAACGGGCUCAGCAAUAGCAAAGAUCAUUGGUGCAAAUGUCGUCAAGCAUAAUAACAAGUUUGGCACACGUGUACCUAUGUACGUGUAUGAAGAAAUAAUUAAUAAUCAGAAAUUGACAAGUAUAAUUAACGAGUUACAUGAAAAUAUAAAGUAUCUUCCAGGACAUAAGCUCCCAGAGAAUGUGGUAGCAGUUCCAGACGUAGUUGAAGCUGCAAAAGAUGCUGACAUACUAGUCUUCGUUUUACCACAUCAAUUUAUUCGAACACUUUGCGCUACAUUACUUGGACAAAUUAAACCAACUGCGGUUGGUUUGUCGCUGAUUAAGGGUUUUGAUCAAGGGGAUGGUACAAAUAUCGAGCUUAUUUCUAAAAUCAUCGAAAAGAAUCUGAGGAUACAAUGUCAUGUACUGAUGGGAGCAAAUUUGGCAAAUGAAGUUGCAGAGGAAAAAUUUUGUGAAACUACCAUUGGUUGUAAGGAUAAACGUUUGGCACCAAUAUUGAGGGAUCUUAUACAAACACCUAAUUUUCGUGUGGUAGUCGUUGAAGAUACGGCAGCUGUUGAAACAUGUGGUGCACUCAAGAACAUAGUGGCAUGUGCCGCUGGCUUUGUCGAUGGCUUAGGAUUAGGAGAUAACACAAAAGCUGCCGUUAUCAGAUUGGGUCUUAUGGAAAUGAUAAAGUUCGUUAAUACUUUCUUCGGUAGUGCGAAACUUGAUACAUUCUUCGAGAGCUGUGGUGUAGCUGAUUUGAUUACAACUUGUUAUGGUGGAAGAAAUCGUCGUAUAUGUGAACAAUUCGUUAAAACUGGAAAGAGUAUCAGAGAGUUAGAGGCGGAACUUCUUUCCGGACAAAAAUUACAAGGUCCUGCUACAGCUGAUGAGGUCCAUGGAAUGUUGAAAGCUAAAAAUAUGAUGGAUAAAUUCCCACUAUUUGUUGCCGUACAACGUAUAUGUCACGAAGAAAUAAGACCGGGUGAUUUGAUCGAUCAAAUUCGUAUUCACCCCGAACAUGUGUUGAGAGUUGAGGGUGCUGAACAGUAAAAAUCAUAAGUGAAAUAUGCUCGUGGCAAUUCUUGACUGAAGAAUUUAAAUUUACGUGAAUAAAUGUAGAAUACAUUUAAAAGUUCGAUAAAGGCUACGUGAUUAACUAAGGAUCGUUAAUUUACAGGAACAUCCAAUAAAAUAUAUUGUAUCUAAUAUAUUAUGAAUAAAAAUUUACUCAUUA